UUUGUUAACAGUAUCCCUGAAAUUAACUAGAAAAAAAAAACCCUUAAAUUCAAGUACCUAGUAGCAAUGUCCAUCAGAGCUAAGCCUCCUUCAUUCAUGUUCUUGCUGAUAUUUCUCUUCCUUUCUUAUGGCCUGCAGUCUCUCGGUUAUGAAGUUCCAUACCCCCAAACCGGGAAAGAACGAUGUUUACAACGUUGCGAUGAAAUUGAGACAGAGGUUUCAGGGUUAGUUAGCUGUGCAGUGCGCUGUGAACACCAAUAUGGAGAUAAAGGAAACGGCAACAAAGGUGGAGAUCCGAAGAGUCCUCGCUGGGAGAUUGAACGGUGCCAGCAACGUUGCCGAAGAGAAGGAGCUGACCAGAGAGAGCUGCAAAAAUGUCAGCAACGCUGUGAAGAGGAACCGAUUAAGGAGAGGGAAAGAGAACAAGAAAAAGGGCAAGAGAGACAACCGCGAGAGCACGAACUAGACAGAGAGAAAAGUGAUGAUCCUCGAAAGCAAUAUGAAAGAUGUCUUGAAAUCUGUGAGAGACAAGAAGGAAGGCAGAAACAGCAGUGUAAAAGAAGGUGUUAUACGCAAUAUGAAGAGCAACAAAAAGAAUGGGAAGAAAGAGAGCAUGGAGGUGGCGGAGGAAACUCGGAAACAGAAACUAGAAGUAGAGAAAUUGAGCAACACAAGAAUAACCCUUACUACUUCCAUGCUCAGAGAUUAAGAUCUCCAUUUAAGACAGACGAGGGACAUAUUAGAGUCCUUGAGAAGUUCUCCGAGAGCUCUGAGCUUCUUCGUGGAAUCGAAAAUUAUCGCUUGCUAUUGUUGGAUGCUGUUCCUAACACUUUUAUUGUUCCAAAUCAUUUUGAUGCAGAAUCUCUUGUUGUUGUCCUAAAUGGUAAAUGCACUAUUAGCUAUGUGUUGCGAGAGAAGAGAGUCUCCUACAACUUGGAGACUGGCGAUGUUAUCAAGAUUCCUGCAGGAGCUACUGUUUACAUGAGUAACCAUGACAAUAAUGAAAUGUUGAGAUUGGCAACUCUUAUUCAGCCUGUCAAUAUUCCUGGAGAAUUUAGUAGUUUCUCAGCUGCAGGAGGUGGAAACCUCGAGUCAUUUUACACAGUCUUCAGCAAUGAUGUUCUUGAGGCCGCUCUUGAUACCCCAAGAGAUCAGCUAGACAAGCUCUUUGGUCAGCAAAGGCAGGGCGUGAUCGUGAAAGCUCCUCAAAAGCAGCUUAAGGCCCUAAGCCAACGCGUUUCAUCAACAAGGCAGAAAGGCCAAGCUCCUUUAAAUCUUCGCAAUCAACAGCCUCUAUACUCCAAUAGAUAUGGAAACUUGUGGGAGGCCUCACCAAGUGAUCACAAGCAGCUUCAGGACAUGGACGUCUCUGUCUCUUAUGCUGAAAUUAAAAGAGGAUCGUUAAUGGUACCGCACUACAAUUCCAGAACUACAACAAUUGGUUUAGUAUUGGAAGGCAGUGGACGCGUGGAAAUGGCCUGUCCACAUGUAGCAAGCCAAAAACAGAAGGAAUCCCAACAAGAACAAGAAACAAAAGGUGGUGCGGAGCAUUACCGAAAGAUCAGCUCCAAUUUGUCACCUGGAGGUGUCUUUAUAAUGCCGGCAGGUCAUCCUACAGCACUUCUGGCUUCGCAAAAUGAAAAUCUGCUUACAUUGUGGUUCGGAAUUAAUGCCUCGAACAAUCACAGGAACUUCCUUGCUGGGCAAAGAGAUAACGUAAUGAACCAGAUUGAAAUAGAGGCAAAAGAGCUGUCUUUCAAUGUACCAGCAGAACUAAUAGAGAAGAUAUUCAGAAACCAAAAGGAAUCACACUUUGUGGCAGGACCUCAACAGGGCCAGAGGCAACAAAGAGAGGAAGGAAGAGGCCACUCUAUCCCUUCAAUUUUGGACUUUCCUGGUUUCUUUUGAGUUGCGGGUAGAGGAAAAAGGAGAGAGAAGGUACGAUGCUGUAUCGUGUUAAGAGUCUGUUCUGCUAAAUGUAAAUGUUAUGCAAAUAUCUACGAGUGUACGUAACUGUGGAAAUCAAGAAGAUUUCCACUGUCAAUAAAUAAGAAGUUCUGCUGAUUUGUCUGUUU